ACAACAGAGCACCGGCUCCUGCCACCGACAUCCGGGCCCGAGAGCCCCUUGCCCACCGCCUCCUGGUCGAACCGAUAUCAAGUCGGAUUCCGAGUUUCCGACGGCUGAGGCAAGCCAGAUAAAAAGGGAGCGCCACUCCACAGGCCAGACUCCGAUUCUGCACACUUUCUUCGCGUCGCUCGCCUCUGCUCCCCAGCGCGCGCAAUCGCGUCCAUGGCGCUCACGAAGCGGCCGCCACCGCGAUCGGAAGGAUGCUCCUUCGCCGCAAAGCGUCGUUGUGGAGACGAAGCACCGGCAGCAGGGAUCGCUCCCUCCGCCCCGAAGUCCGGCCAACGCGGAGUUCCGAUGGAUUCCGGCGCCGCCGCAGCAAGAAACGACGACGGGCUGCGUAUCGGAACCCUCAAGUCCUAUAAGCUGCUCCCCAAGAUCGGGAAUGGGGCUUUCGGCGUCGUGCGCAAGGCGUGCGACUGCCGCACCGGCGAGAAGGUCGCGAUCAAAUCCGUACGUACCGGCGGCGAGGCACUGCUGCGGGAGGCCGCUAUGCUGGUGGCGUGCGCCGGCAACCCCACAGUUGUAGAGCUCCGCGAGGUGGCGCGCCACGAGGAAACGGAUGAGCUCCACCUCGUCAUGGAGUACGUCGGGUUGAGUCUCUACGACGUCACGGUCGCGCGCCGCCGCGUCGGCCGGCCGUUCACGGAGAAGGAGGUGCGCCACGUGAUGAGGCGCCUGCUGGGCGGCGUGGAGACGAUGCACGGGCAUGACGUUAUCCACUGCGACCUCAAGCCCGGGAACAUCCUCGUGGGCAAAGAGGACGGCCGGGGACGACUGAUCAAGAUCUGCGACCUCGGCCUCUCCAGGUCCAUGACCGCGCCGCCACCGGACACCACGCAGCUCGAGGGCACACUCUGGUACAUGGCGCCAGAGCAGCUCCUGGGAGACAAGGAUAUUGGCGCGCCCAUCGAUCUGUGGGCGCUCGGGUGCGUUAUGGCGGAGCUCGUCUCAGGGAAACCGAUCUUCCAAGAGUACAGCGUGCACGAGCAGGUGGGCAAGAUCAUCAAUGUCCUCGGAGUCCCCGACGAGAUGUCGUUGAUGCCGUUGGGCGUGGCAGCCUCGACGCCGAGCCAGCUGCGGGCCGUGGUGCCGGACGAGCGGCUGUCGCUGGCAGGGUUCGACGUUCUCCACGGCCUGCUAGAGUUCGACCCCAAGGCCAGGCUCACCGCCAAUGCCGCGCUCCGUAAGCCAUGGUUUGCGGUGAAAGAUGACGAUUGGCGACGCUCCAUCAGCAGCAAGGCCCUAAAGCUGCAGUAGCAUUAGCGUAUAUUAUGUGAAGGAGAGUAAGAUGCAAUGCGCAGGUUUCAUUGAUCAACUCGAGUGACUUUUAUACGUGUACAUGUGAUGUGUUGGUUGGAGAGCAACCGAUCUGCCUACAAUCUAGCUUAGUGCUCGUGUUUACAGGAUCAUGAGGGAGAGACCGAUCUUUUGCUUGAAGACCGGA